CGCGCCCUUCGCCUUCUGCUAUGAUACACACAAUUUGUGCGGUCACAGUGUGCCGAGCGGUUCGUGUAAAAACCACGUGAUGUGUAGUGUCAAGCAUAGCUCCAUCACGACCGUGACCUAUCUGAGCAGGCUCACGUUCUGUGUGCUCUUUGUCCUACCUACAGUGGUACUCACGCUAGCCUAUGGGGUCAUCAUUUACAGGCUAUGGAUUAAGCCAUCUGUGGGCGUGGCUGUCAUCAGUGCAGAGGGCAUGAGGAACCGCUACAAGAAGAAAGCCAUCAAGAUGUUGGUGCUGGUCGUAGUCCUGUUCCUGGCCUGUUGGUCGCCCCUGCUGGUCUACGACCUGGUGGCCUCAGAGGACAUCAACCUCAAGCCUUCCCACACGCUGAUGGAUCUGAGGUUUUACCUGCAGUGUCUAGCCCUAAGCAGCACCGCCUACAACCCCAUCAUCUACGCUUUCAUGAACCAAAAGUUUAGAAAAACUUUUCUAGCUCUGCUCAUGAAACACAGGCGCAUGCGCGUGGCUCCCAUGGCAACCGACAAGGUCAACAACGCGCAGGGCGGACAACUCAGCUGUUUGAAGCUUGGUAAUGUCAGCUCUAGGAUGACAGACAGCCCUCUCCAACAGACCAAGUCGUCAAAGCUGUGAGGUCAUAGGUCAUAGGUCAUCUGUCGACACCUGUUUUUCAUUACGUAUUAUAAAUAAAAUCAUAAAACUAGAAAAGAA